AUGGCCGCAAUUGCCGAGCCGACGGAAUUGCAACAACUUCUGAAGGACCUGGAGCAACAGAAAGAGGCCUACGAUCAAGCUUUCCGCAAGGUACAGGAGUACACGGCCUCGCCACCUGCCGUGCUGUCGAGUACACCAGCAUCAGCUCCGAGUCCGAGGAUAUCGUAUCUGCCGCGUUCCACUCCACAACGGCCUGCCACGCCACUAGACGGUCUGGUACAUCUCAGAAAAUGGCCGUCGGCAGGACUGUCGACUCUCGAUUCCGCAUCCCGCUUGACGGGCGAUGAAUCCGACGAUGAGGAAGAUCAGAGUCUGUAUGCUCAGGAUGCUCUUCCCCAGGAGAACUAUGGAGAUGAAGAUUUUCGAGAACAUCUCCGAAGCUAUGCCUGGGAUGAAGACGGGCGAAAAGUAGUGCAAAAGUUCGCCGGAGCAAAGAACGGUCUCGAGAGCGAACAUCUCAUCCUACCGCAGAAAGGACCUCUACUGGAUCGAUCGCACCACACCCAUUUCCAGAUUUUCGAUGUAGGAAACGACGGCGCGCUACUGCCCAUUGAAGCGAAGCACGAAAAAGUCACGAAUCGGCCCACGGCUCUGUGGCAGACGAUCAAGAGUAUCAACCCUGAGUCAAGACAGCGUAAAGCUGUCGGUAGACUCACCAUCGUUCGCGAGCCGGCUCCAAUACUGUUCGGUGCUCUGCACUACACCAUGAACAAGCACUUUGACGUGGAUGAGCUCUUUGGACAUCUCGUGUCAACGACAUCCACAUGGUGCAGUUUUGACCGUGCUUUCCACGCCGAUCCGCGACGGCAGAGCUCGUUCGUUUUCGUCUUCGAGUACUUUACCCUCAUUGGCGAGGAUUGCCAACCCAUGGCGUGGCAGAUGGCCGACUCUCACCGGUCGCGGAACCCCGAACAUAUUGCCAUCACAAGAUGUAGUUCGGUGGUCGCACUGUCGCUGAAGGGCAAAGCUAUCAAGAAGAUACGAAACCCGGAUCGUCGAGCUGGUAGCACGUAUGGCUACGUGUAUGACCCUUGGAGUCCCUACCAUGUGCUCAAUAUACAGUGCUUUCCUGACUGGGAAAGUUCGAUGGACGUACACGGUUCGAACCAGCACUAUGUGAACGGAGUUGAGACAUUUCUGGUGACUGUACUAGCAGAGUACAAAGAUGCCGAGAAGCGCUUCGAUGAUAUAUACAAACAGAUUGCCAGACUAGUCACACCUCCACUCGCCUUCAUGUUCGAGUCCGACAUCCGCGACAAACUGCUUUUCGAGGACGACAAAUACACCUAUUCCCGGCGCUACUUCUGGGCUUUCCAAACGCUGGGCAUCAUGAUCGACAGCAUGAACGCAAUGGUCGACGCAUACGAAGACAACUUCACCGACGAGGUCUGGGAAGGGCAGCACCGUACACUCUGGCCGCUGCUUGAGCAGGAAUCUGCUCGCAACAAGUACUACAAGAAGAAGCUCGCUGUCGUGCGAAUGAAGUUCACUCGACAGGUGAGUCGCAUCAACAAGCUGAUUGCGGAAUACCAAAAGAGGCGCGAGGAGAUCUCUCGUCUGCGCGACCAGCUGUUCUCGGGUACGAGU